GACUUUAGCUUCCACCAACUUUCGUCGAUCAAUCAAAUUCCAAUACGAAAGCCGGUAACACCUCUCAAUCACGCACAGAACAAGAAAUGCGGAGAAGACUCCCACUCCUUUUUCCCACUCCAAAACUCUUCUCCUCUUCUUCCUCUCCUGAGAUCCCAACCCUCUACUCCUUCCUCCAGCCUUCAAUCUUCGCCCUCCGGAAGACCAAUCCCAACCCCCCUCCCCAAACCCCAAAUCCCCAAACCCUAACGCCCGACCCCUCAGCCCUCGAAUCCGAUCUCCACUCCUCACUCCUGUCGGGCCACACCGACCGCGCAUGGAGCUCCUUCAAGGCCCUCACCGCCCGCUCCCUCCUCCCCAGCCCCUCCGUCGCCAACUCCCUCCUCGCCCACCUCUCCUCCCUCCCCGACCGCCACAACCUAAAGCGCGCCUUCGCGUCCGCCGUCUUCCUCCUCGAGAGGAACCCCCAGUCCCUCUCCUUUGAUACUCUCGAGGCCGUCUUCCGCGCCAUGGACUCCGCCGCCACCCCCGCCGCUGCCGUCGCCCUGGUGAGAACCAUGUUCAAAAACAGAUUUUUUCCGCCAUUUUCCAUCUGGGGACAGUCCCUGAUCCAGAUCACGAGAAGAAACGGCGGAUUCGCUGCGUUCUUGCGGGUUUUUGAAGAAAACUGCCGCCUUGCGCUCGAUGAGAAGAUCGAAUCGAUGAAGCCCGACAUCGCUGCCUGUAAUGCAGUCCUGGAUGGGUGCUGCCGUGAUCUGGGAUCGGUUUCUGAUGCCGAGAGGGUUCUCGAGACAAUGUCGGCUUUGGGCUUGUCGCCGGACUUGCAGAGUUUCGGGUCACUGGCUUACUUGUAUGCAUGGAAGGGCCUUGAGGGCAGGAUCGCCGAGCUGGAUAAAUUGAUGGAUGCGUUGGGAUUUCUGAACAAGAUGGUGUUUUUCAAGAAUCUGAUUAGCGGAUUCAUGAAAUCCAACAAUUUUGAAUCGGUUUCAUCGGUUGUUCUACGUGCUUUGAAGGAAAGGAGUGAUAAAAAUCCAAACUUUCUGGACGAAGGAACUUAUGUGGAGGUUGUGAAGGGUUUUGUUGAUAAUGGGAGGAUCAAAGAUUUGGCUGCUUUGAUCAUUGAAGCACAGGAAUUGGAAUCGUCUCAACAGUUGGUUGGAGUAGAUAGCUCGGUUGGGUUCGGUAUUGUCAAUGCCUGCGUUGGACUAGGCCUGUUGAAUAAGGCUCACAGCAUUCUGGAUGAAAUGAAUGCUCGAGGAGCUUCACUGGGGCUUGGUGUCUACUCCUCGAUCUUGAAAGCUUACUGCAAAGAGCAGAGAACAGCAGAGGCAGCUCAAUUGGUGACAGAGAUUAGUUCUUCUGGGCUCCAAUUGGAUGCUAGCAGCUACGAUACUCUCAUUGAUGCCUCCAUGUCGGCUCAAGAUUUCCAGUCAGCAUUCUCUCUUUUCAGGGACAUGAGGGAGGCGAGGCUGCCUGAACUGAAAACAAGCUAUCUCACUAUAAUGACAGGCUUGAUGGAGAACCAUCGGCCUGAGCUCAUGGCUGCCUUCUUGGACUCCGUGGUCGAGGACCCGAGAAUUGAGAUUGCAACCCAUGAUUGGAAUUCCAUAAUUCAUGCCUUCUGUAAGGCUGGGCGGUUUGAGGAUGCUCGGAGGACCUACCGAAGAAUGUUAUUCCUGAGGUUCGAGCCCAAUAACCAGACACACCUUUCGCUCAUCAAUGGAUAUGUCUCAGCAGAAAAAUACUUCAGUGUGUUGAUACUUUGGACAGAAGUGAGGAGAAAGGGAGUUAUAAAGUUGGAUCAUGACUUGGUGGAUGCAUUCUUGUAUGCUCUGGUUAAGGGUGGAUUCUUUGAUGCCGCAAUGCAGGUGGUGGAGAAGGCACAGGAGCUGAAGAUAUUUGUGGAUAAGUGGAGGCAUAAGCAGGCCUUCAUGGAGAAACACAAGAAGUUGAAGGUGGCAAAGCUUAGGAAGAGGAACUUUAGGAAGAUGGAAGCGCUGAUUGCAUUUAAGAAUUGGGCUGGUCUUAAUGCUUAAAUGUGAUCAUCUGAUUGUGAAUUGCCUCAGGUUGAAGCGUGAUACAAAUUGGAGCUGGUUCUGAGGUUCUUCAGGUCUUUUCAAAACUGAUUUACUUCUGCAAUUCCUGAGAACGAUCACAUCAGUUCUCUGUGAUCACGGUGGGAUGGUUUUGAACAUCUGGGACGUGGGGGUCGCUCGCUGCUAUUUAUUAUCUCCCUAUGGGCAAAACAACAUAAAACUGGGUAGCUGGGAUCAUUAAGGUUACAUAUAUUAAGAGGUCAUGUGGUGCAGGAUGAUUGUCUUCGGCAACAGAUCAUUGAUUAGUCUUUCAGAAUUGAUGUCGCAGUUGAUGGAGAUUCUUGUGUUUUUAUACUCCAACGUAAUUCAAAUCAUGGUCAGGACUAUCUCAACAUGCUAAUCUCUUUGAGCAUAUGCUACUAUAAGAUUAUUGGAGAAAAUGCCAUCUGAUGGGCAGGGGCAAUUCUGUUUGUUUCAAAAAUUUUGAACUCGAAUAUUGCCUUGAUCGCUAAAAAAGAAUUGUUUUUUUAAAUGACAGGCGCAGAUUAGACUCGUUGGGUCGUUUUCCACAAAGUUUUUUUUUUUUUUUGGAAAGAAAGUUUCUUUUCAUUGGUUGAAAAAAAAAAGAGUAGAGUUAGCUAAAUCUUCCUACUUAUUAGCUCACCGGAACUCUUUCUGUAGCUUUAGCUUGUUUAACAGACCAAAAUGCCAUUAUCCAGGAUGAGUUUGUUCAACCCAGUACAGCAGAACUGCUUUAUAGCUAAUUUUGUAGAUGAAGAAAUGGAAUGGAAGAUUCUGACUAUCCGGUCCUGAUGGAUUGUGUUUGGAUUUUUUAUGGGCAGAAUACACCAUUGUGGUUGUGUAGUUCCAUAUCAACUGUAAACAGGUCAGAUGCAUGAAUGCUGUUCUCUUCAAUGUAAUACAGUUUGACAGUGGAUUCUGUUGGUUUGUUUUCCAAGUAGGAAGGAGCAGAUAUAAAAUUGACCCUUUUCUAAACAAGAGGAGGAAGAAGAAGAAAAAGCUGCGGUCUAUACAAUAUUAUUCUUAAGUUGAUUUGCAAAGGGAAACAAGUUGAUUUACCCAUGGAGAUAGUUUCAUGACAACUUCUUAAUGGAUGAGAUACAAGCAAGACCUACAACUUGGAAAUAUUAUUAGAACUAAUAAUCAGCAAAAUUCAGUCUUAUGAGCACUCUAAUAGUGUAGCUAAAUCGAUUUACUGGAAUUUCUCAAAGGAUAUUCCUGUAACAUGACAAGUCUGGCUGCAGUAUGGUAACGGUCAAUCCAAUGAGAACAACUCCAUGACCCUUUUCGGCCUUGCUUGUAGUUCCUGAUGGAUGACAAUAAUGGAGCAACAGGCUAGUUAGCUGGACCAAGAACAUGUUAGGCUCAUUAGAGCUCAAGCAUGGCUCGUAUCGACCUUUAAAUCAAACCAACAUGUCAGUCUCAUUGCUGCCACAGGAUGGGGCCCAAACUUGCUGGUGAAGAGAUCUGUUAUAUGAAAUUAACAAGAUAAAGAAUACACUGUAACCAUGGCUUGGGAGGCAUGUAUAUCUUAACCGGGGUACUAGUCUCCAUCAGAAUCAGCAUCAUCCCUGUAGGUUUAGCAUGAACGCCUGAAAGAAGAUUAUCCAGAAGCCAAGAAUGAAGCACACCAAACAGGCUAAGGUCAUUUAUACAACAAAUUAUUGUCUAUAUUGCUCUUUUCUUUUUAGUUUCAUCAAAAUUAUGUACAGAUUUCAAUCCUUUUGCCUAAGCCACACUAAUGCCACACCAAAACCACCACAGUUCUA